UUUUUGAAUAUAGAAGAGUGUCAUAAUUUGUUCAUCUGAAUUGGGUUUGGGUUGCUUUGUUUGGUUUGUGGAGAAUUUCUUUUUGAGUUAGGCAGGGAAUUUCUUCAAUUGGAAGUUAGAAUUACGUGUUAAGUUGGUUUUAAGUGAUCUUUUUAAGUCUCUUAAAGCAUAAUUCAGCAUAAAUUUAAUUGCAGAUUUGUUGUGAAGGGGAAGCACUGUUCCAACUUGAAUUUGCUGGAGUUUGUUUAAUCUGCUCUUUCAAGAGAGCUUCGGUUGGUCUUGGAAACACAAAUUUUUGUAAUUAAGAAGGAAGAAAUUCAGAAAUUUAUACAGCUCACAAGAUCUUCAACUGGAUAUUGGUUUCUUUGCUCCUUUACUGUUUUCCUAGUCCCUGAGAGCUCUAUAAUCUUGUGUAAUAUUCUCCCACUCCUCUAUCAUAUGCACUGAUGGCUCUUGUUUUCGAAGUGAGUCAUUCUGCACUUCUGGUUCUUGUUUUCAUUUUGGCUCAAAUCGUUUAUUCGGAGCAGCUACAAUCUUCCCAGGCGGAGACCCUUAUAAGAAUUCAAGGGCUCUUAAACAAUCCAGCUGUUUUAAGCAGCUGGAAUAGUAGUACAGAGUUCUGUAACACUGAACCGAGUUCAUCUUUAACAGUUGUUUGUUAUGAAGAAAGCAUCACCCAGCUGCACAUUGUUGGAAAACAGGGAGCUUCGAUAUUACCUUUAAACUUUUCCAUGGAUUCCUUCAUAACGACACUCGUGAAGCUUCCCAACUUGAAAGUCAUUACACUCGUUUCGCUUGGUUUAUGGGGCCAGAUACCUGGUAAAAUAACGCGUUUAUCAUCUCUAGAGAUACUUAAUAUGAGUUCAAAUUUCCUGUAUGGUUCCAUCCCUCAAGAGCUUUCAUCUUUAACUACCCUCCAAACACUCAUACUUGAUGAAAACAUGCUGGCUGGUCAGCUGCCAGACUGGUUGGGGAAACUGCCAGCCUUGGCUGUAUUGAGUUUGAGAAAGAACUUAUUCAAUGGUACUUUGCCCAAUUCAUUUAGCGAUUUCGAUAAUCUUAGAAUUCUUUCACUUUCGCAUAACCACUUCUAUGGAGAAGUUCCUGAUUUUAGCAGUUUGACAUACCUUCAAGUGCUUGACUUGGAAGAUAAUACUUUUGGACCUCAGUUUCCUAAACUUGGAAAUAAGUUGGUUACUUUGGUUCUGAGCAAAAACAGGUUUCGGUCUGCUAUCCCCUCUGAAGUGAGUUCCUAUUAUCAACUUGAGACAAUAGAUCUCUCUUUAAAUAGAUUUAUUGGCCCAUUUCCAACAUCACUAUUGUCCCUACCUUCUAUGAGUUAUUUAAACAUGGCUGAAAACAAGCUCACAGGAAAGCUUUUCAACAAUCUCUCCUGCAGUGCUGCACUUGAAUUUGUUGAUUUGUCGUCGAAUCUUUUGACUGGACACUUACCCAAUUGUCUAGUUUCAGGCUCUAAGAACAGAGUUGUCCUGUAUUCUAGGAAUUGUCUAGAUACUGGAAAUGGAAACCAGCAUCCAUUGUCCUUUUGUCAGAAUGAAGCUUUGGCUGUGGGAAUCAUACCUCAAAGGAAGAAGCAGAAACGAGUUUCCAAAGCACUUCUUGCAUUGAGUAUAAGUGGUGGAAUCGUUGGAGGAAUUGUACUUCUUGGACUUGCCUUCUUGCUUAUUAGGAGGGUUAAUGCUAACAAGCCAUUCAAGAAGUCUACAACAAGAUUAAUUGCAGAGAAUGCUUCAACUGCUUACACCUCAAAGAUCCUCUCAGAUGCAAGGUAUAUAUCUCAAACAAUGAAGCUGGGAGCACUUGGCCUUCCAGCUUAUCGAACAUUUUCCUUGGAAGAGCUUGAGGAGGCUACAAACAACUUUGACACAUCUGCAUUCAUCGGUGAAGGUUGUCAAGGACAGAUGUACAGGGGUCGGCUGAAGGAUGGUUCCUUUGUUGCCAUUAGAUGCCUUAAAAUGAAAAAGAGCCACAGCACCCGGAACUUUAUGCACCAUAUAGAGCUGACAUCAAAACUGAGACAUCGCCAUUUGGUCAGUACACUAGGACACUGCUUUGAAUGUUACCUUGAUGAUUCAAGUGUCAGCCGAAUAUUCCUUGUCUUUGAAUAUGUUCCAAAUGGCACAUUAAGGAGCUGGAUUUCUGAGGGACGAGCUCGACAAUCACUUACUUGGACACAACGUAUAACAGCUGCAAUAGGGGUGGCAAAAGGCAUUCAGUUUUUGCAUACAGGGAUUGUGCCAGGUGUAUUCUCAAAUAAUCUGAAAACAACAGACAUUCUAUUAGACCAGAAUCUUGUGGCGAAAAUCAGCAGCUAUAACCUGCCUUUGUUAGCAGAAAAUGCAGGAAAGGUUGGUCAUGGAAUCUCUUCCUCUGCACUGGUAGACCCGAGCAUGAGUGCAGAGAUGAAGCAUGAAGAAAAGAUUGAUGUUUAUGAUUUUGGAUUAAUUUUACUAGAAAUCAUUGUGGGAAAACCUCCAAAAUCCAAGAAGGAAGUGGAUGUUCUGAAAGAUCAGUUGGAAGCCUCCAUUGGAGCUGGGGAAGUAUCUCGAAGGAGCAUUGUUGAUCCAGCAGUUAAAAAUGCAUGCUUAGAUCAAUCAUUGAAAACAAUGAUGGAAAUUUGUGUCAGGUGUCUACUUAAGAACCCAGAAGAUAGACCUUCGGUUGAGGAUAUUCUGUGGAAUUUGCAGUUUGCCGCUCAGGUUCAGGAAGCAUGGCGAGGAGACUCACAGAGCAGUGAAGGAUCUCCUGCUUCACCAACACAACCUCCGCACCGAUACUUCAGCUUUUAUUAGCAGCAAUUUUCAGUAAUUUGGUCUGCAGGACAUGGUUGCAACAAGAGGUAAAAGAGAACAACUUCUGGAGUGUAACAUUACAAUAUGAGCUUUUUGGCAUAUAUACCAGAAUGCCCCAAACGUUUUCAUCCUUCUGUAAUUACUUUGACAACCAACUAGAAGUUGCAGGAUUACUUCUCCAUACCAAUUUCCAGAGACAAAAAACUGUCUAACCGCGAAACUACUGUUCUAUCAAAUGAUGCUUGUCUAGUCCUUCUAACUUACACUUCAUAGCUCCCUGAAUGAUAAGAACAGUGUUUGCAGAUCCAAGUAUCCCCUGAAUACUAAUGCAUCUGUCUUGGAUUUUGCAUUAUAAUAAUUUGUAACACUCAAAGGGGGAUAUUUUGUUCUGCAUUUCAGUUGUUGGGUGGAGCAAGAAGAGAUAAUACACAAUUUGCUAUAUUAGUAAUAUGUCCGGUGCCUUGCCCAAAUUUUUGGCAGGAACUCUUCAUUCUCAA